AUGACAAACCAGGAAUCCAAGUGGCUUGGCGGCAACGUGCAGCUGUUCAAUAUCCUCAAGGUCGAGAUGAUUGCCGACCUCUGGCAGCGCGUUGUCCAGUAUGAAAGCAAGGCCUGUGUGGACGCCUACGUCCACACUGUGACUGAGGUGGCCUAUGCUGAUCCUGAGCUUGGCCUUAUCCGUCACAUGGGGACCAUUGAGUACUACCACCGACCCGAGGACCAGAAUGUGGUACUCACUGGCGGCGGCCACCGUUUCCACAUCACGUUCUGCAUUGCCAUUGUCCUCCGCUACCUGGCUCUCCGUGUCUACUCGCAGUACACGGCUGCUGUGGCUCGCGGCGUUGUCAUUAAUCAGGCUGUUGAGAGUGCCACUGACCGCCUACUGAGCCUGGUUAACGAGCUCGCCAACUGCUUUGUGCAGCGUGACGACCGGGCUGGUUAG